GUGUGAGGAGCGGGCUCUCAGUGGUGCUGCCGGCGGGCGGCGAUGGCGGCCGUACGGGGCCUGCGAGUGUCGGUGAAGGCAGAGGCCACGGCAGGGCCGGCCCUGGGGCUCCCUUCGCCAGAAGCCGAGCCUGGUUUGGAGCGUGGCGAACCGGAACCCAUGGAGGUGGAGGAGGGCGAGCUGGAGAUCGUGCCGGUGCGACGCUCACUGAAGGAACUGAUCCCGGACACAAGUAGAAGAUAUGAAAACAAGGCUGGCAGCUUUAUCACUGGAAUCGAUGUCACCUCCAAGGAAGCAAUUGAAAAGAAAGAACAGCGAGCCAAGCGCUUCCAUUUUCGGUCAGAAGUAAACCUUGCCCAAAGAAAUGUAGCCUUGGAUCGAGACAUGAUGAAGAAAGCAAUCCCCAAAGUGAGACUGGAGACAAUCUACAUUUGUGGAGUAGAUGAGAUGAGUACCCAGGAUAUCUUUUCCUAUUUUAAAGAAUAUCCUCCGGCUCACAUUGAAUGGUUGGAUGAUACCUCCUGUAAUGUGGUUUGGCUGGAUGAAAUGACAGCCACACGAGCCCUUAUCAAUAUGAGCUCUCUGCCAGCCCUGGAUAAGAUACGAAGCAGGGAUGCCAAUGAGGACAAGUCAUCUGAGAAAAGUAAAAAAGACAAGCAGGAAGACAGCUCAGAUGAUGAUGAGGCUGAAGAAGGAGAAGUUGAAGAUGAGAACUCAAGUGACGUAGAGUUGGACACGUUGUCUCAGGUCGAAGAAGAGUCUCUGUUAAGAAAUGAUCUUCGUCCAGCUAAUAAGCUUGCUAAAGGAAAUAGGUUAUUCAUGAGGUUUGCUACAAAAGAUGACAAAAAGGAACUUGGAGCAGCCAGAAGAAGUCAGUAUUACAUGAAAUAUGGGAAUCCAAAUUAUGGAGGCAUGAAAGGAAUUCUUAGCAACUCUUGGAAGCGAAGAUAUCAUUCCCGUCGCAUUCAGCGGGAUGUGAUCAAGAAGAGAGCCCUGAUUGGGGAUGACGUUGGCUUGACAUCCUAUAAACACCGACAUUCCGGACUAGUGAACGUUCCUGAGGAACCCAUUGAAGAAGAGGAAGAGGAGGAGGAGGAGGAGGAGGACCAGGACAUGGAUGCAGAUGACAGGGUGGUGGUAGAGUAUCACGAGGAGCUUCCAGCUGUUAAGCCGGCCCGGGAGCGCAGUGCAUCUAGGCGAUCCAGUGCCAGCAGCUCAGACUCCGAUGAGAUGGACUAUGAUCUAGAACUGAAAAUGAUAUCCACUCCUUCACCAAAGAAAAGCAUGAAAAUGACAAUGUAUGCUGAUGAAGUGGAAUCUCAGUUGAAAAAUAUUAGGAACUCCAUGAGGGCAGAUAGUAUAUCCACCAGCAACAUAAAAAACCGAAUUGGUAAUAAAUUACCGUCUGAGAAAUUUGCAGAUGUGCGACAUCUGUUAGAUGAAAAACGUCAGCACACACAUCCAAGGCCACCAGUCAGCAAUACUAAGUCAGAUAUACGCCAGCGCUUAGGAAAGAGACCAUAUUCUCCAGAAAAGGCUUUUAGUAGUAACCCAGUCAUUCGGAGAGAGCCUUUUUCUGAUGUACAUAGUAGGCUAGGUAUUCCCAGGCAAGAUAUUAAAGGCCUCUACUCUGAUACUCGGGAAAAGAAAUCAGGUAGUUUAUGGACUCGCUUAGGAUCCGCACCCAAGACCAAAGAAAAGAACACGAAGAAAGUGGAGCACAGGGCGCCCGCCACUGAGGAAGACGACUCCGAGCUGCAGAGGGCAUGGGGGGCUCUGAUUAAGGAGAAAGAACAGUCUCGCCAAAAGAAGAGCCGCUGUUACCAGCACCCUUUUCCCAAGAAAAGUCAAUUCCCAGGUGCUUAUUGGACAGCCUUCGAGGGGGAAGAUGAGGGAAGCUGCCAGCUCACCCUUCCAGGACCCUAGUGUGGGGGCCGAAUCCCAUGGACCUGACCUCAGAGGUGCACCAGUGCCGCCCAGGUAGAUAAGAGACACAGCAUUGAUCGUGCUUCCCGUUCAGCCCUUGGGGAUUACUGUUAGCGGCCUCUUACUAGCCAUCUGCUUGAAGUGAAAAUCAAGUUCAGUGCUGUGGGGUUUUUAGGAACAAAAAACUGUGACUUCUGGAUUUGGGGUUGAUUUUUGUGCUGGGGCGGGGUCAUGGGUUAACGUCGAACAAUUUUUAAGUCUGUAUUAUGUUUAAAAAUAUUAAUGAUUUAAAAGUUUAAAUUUUUAAUUUUUAUAUGUGAAAAUUCUUCCUGUUGGCUACAGGGGAAACUCAAGUGGUGUCUUCUUAUGUGCUGUUAAAUAUAUAUUAUAUACUUUGGAAGAAGGCAAAAGGAGGAGUCUCAUUAUUUUUUAAAUGAUCCUAAUUGUAUAGUCUGUUGUACGUAGUAUUCAGCUUGCUUUUCCGCCAUUGUAGGAAACAAAAUCCAUCCAUCUGAGGUGGGGUCAUGUUGUUUAUUAUCACUUCAGAAGUGAUAACUGAUAUUUAUUCUUUCUGCCUUCAAGUUCUGGCACUUGAAGACUUCUUCAAAACUGACAAAUAAUAGUGACAGAAAUUUUAGUUCCUUUAUUUGUAAACUCCUGUCAGGUUAUUUUCCCAUGAAAAGGCAGUAGAUUAUUUUGUCUUCCUGUCUACUCUUCAUUUUGAAGUGUUUAACUUUUAUAUUCCUCCACAGGCUUAAAAAUGGUGUUUUACUCCGGUUCCCUAGAACUUGGGAAUUAGAGAUAGUGAGCCACUGCCCCCUUUGUGGUGUCACAGGUCAUCACCUGCCUGAGGUGUGGAGGCACCUGAUGUAACCCGGAUUCUAGAGGCUUCACGUGUGGCUGACCUGAUGGUCACACUGAUAGUUGAUUACACUGUGGUGUGAUUGAAUGCAGAACGCUGUUGUUAAUAAAGGACUGUGAGACUUGAGAGCUGCAGCACAAACUGUAUUGUACCAUGUUUUGUUGGUUAACACGCUUUUUUCUUCCUUUUAGAAACAUAAGAUGUACCAUGGUAUGUUGCAUCUUCCUAAUAGGAUCCUAGGACAGAGAGAUGGUUCUGGCUUCUCUGCCAGUCGAGACCUAAGGUUUCUGAGGUUUCCGAGCUCUUCUUGCCUUGUGAAGCACACAGUUGAGAGACAGGUUCUUGAGGAGUCAGGGCCUGGGGAGUUGGUACAGUGAGAAGUGCAAGGGCCUGAAGGAGACCUGGAGGCCAACCCCUGGCUCUACUCCAUAAGCCUUGGGCUCAGUUUCCCCAUCUGUCAGAUGAAUGGGCCAAUACCAGAGCUCAUGGCUCUGCUGGUAUGUCUCGUUGGCAUUUCACUCUGCCUAAAGCUGGGGCUGCAGUAUGCUGGUGAGCACUAGUUUCUGUUGCAGGUCGGGGAGGAGGGAAGGAGGCAAUUGAGGGGAGUGUGUGAGGUUGUGGACGUGGACUUAUUCCUGUCCCAUUACAGUCUCUGGGUUUACUAAUGGGACAAAAAUGUCCUUUGGUCAGGGUCCCCACUAGACAAGUCUCUGCAGCAUUUAGAAAAUGCCCCUUCUUAGACUUUCCUUUUUGUUUCCCAGUCAUGACCCUUUCCCACCAGUAACCCAGGCCUAUUUGCCCCAUGGCCUUUCAGCCCUCACCAGUCUCCUGCUAGAGAUCAGGGAAGACUUCCUGGAAGAGGGGUGGUGUACAGUCAAAACUGGAUCCUUGAUCUAACCAAGAAAAAUGCCAACUUCAGCAGCCUUGCAAUUCUCCUCACAAACACGGAGAAAAUUCGGGAGAUUAUCUGUCAAGAUUUUAAGCGUGUUUCCCAAAGUUGUUGUUGUUAUUAUUAGCCCCUC